AUGGUUUCCCGGCAUCGUGUCGACCGCGACGAGCUUGCCGCCCAUAUCGAAGCGAACAACCGAGCGGCAAACCUGCUUCGAGCCAGCUUCAAUGACCCGAGCAUACGCACAUUCAGCAGUGGUUUCACGGGUGGGCCGUCCGCGCCUCCGCAGACAGCGCAGCCGCGGUGGCUCGACAACAUGUGCUUUACCCGCUUUAGUGCCCAGAGCGACCCGCCGCCGCCGCCGCAGCAGCAGCAGCAGACGACGGGAUAUCGCGCAGCCCCCCGCAGAGAGAGUGUGUCGGCUCCUCGGCAUGACUUCCACGACCGGGACUGCGGUGACCGGCCGCGCCGUGAUGCGCUCCCUGACGUGUGGUAUGAUGACUUUUGGCAUGACCCAAGCAGCGCACAUCGACACAGUGGGUUUUUGGAGACGGCGAUGGAGGCUGACGGUCAACGGACUAUCAGUGGAAAGAGAAAGAUGACGGGGACCCCCGUUGCUGCUAACAAGAAGCAGAAGAUGAGUCCAGAGAAUGGAACUUCCGCGUUUCAGGCAGCUCUGGUGAGUGAAGGAGCCGAUGGGGCCCUCGACUCUGAGUCCACCGCGGAUGGCGCGGUGGGAACUGAUGGUGGUGCCCAGGACGCUGGGUUAGAUGAGGAGAAUGUGCAGACGCCGGCUGAGCCGACGCCGACUUGGGGCUCGUCCAAGACGUUCUUGGAAGCCACUGUCGACGAGGCCAUAGAUCAGGGCAAGUACAAGGCGACCCUCGACAGCAUCUGGCCCAAGACUAGGGAAUGGGCUGCGGACGGCGACGAGAUAGAGACAUACGCCGACGCCGUCUCUCAGAUUGCCGUCUCGAAGUGGGCAAAGUUGACCGUCAGGAAGGUCAAGCUCAAGCUCGACGCGAUCCGGGAAGGCACUUACAGGGAGCUGUCCAGAAGGAAUGAGAAGCAGUAUUCUUUCACGGAUUCGGAGUACCGGGCUCUCCGCGACAGUGGUUUCGUCAAGGUGAUCAGAUGGGAGGUGAAUGACAUCCAGCCCUUUGACGAGCGCUUCCGCGACUACCUGCAGGAGAACGUGAGAGCAGCUGGGGGGGCGAUGGGUCCCCUGCAGAAUGUGGCGAUGGGCCCUCUGCAGAACAUGAAGACAGCCGGUGCGGUGCAGCCUGCGCCGCCCGCGCCCAAGCCUGUUCAGGACGCGCGCGUUGAGGACCAGCGCCGCAGGCUACCACGCGAGAGCCUUCUCAACCUCAGGAACAAGGAUGACAUGCGACUCUCGGCCAGCGACGUCGACGCGGUCAUUUCCGACCAGUGGCGUGUGUACAACGGCGACGGCAAGGUCGCAGAGAACGCCAAGGCUGCUUCGAGCUGGUACUGGAGUCGCAAGCAGGAGAAGCAGACACAGCAGAAGCAGCAGACGCAACAGAAGCAGUAG